AUGAAUGUCCAGGUUGGUUGGAUGAUCGCAAUCGCAUCGUUUCUAGCUAGCGUGGCACCAAAUCCAAUAUUAAUACGCCUUCACAAGUUUAAGCCCUCACAUGAUGCGCGAGCGCCCCGGGGUGAGAUUUUUGCAACCAAGUACUUGGCAAUGCACGACUGUCCCGAUAAAAAAAUCACCAAGUUUGCCGUCGGGAAGGCGUACCCCGUGACGGAAGACAAAGCCCUGACCCUGACCGUCAUGGACGAUACCGGACUGAUUCAUCUCGAAAAUAAGAGUGAUGACACCAUUUUCACAUACAGCGCACGGAAUUUCCAAACCAACCAUUGGAUCUUGAACCAGAGUGUGACACCAAGAGAAGCUCACCAAUUUCAUGCUACCCAUAAUGGUUUUUUGUAUGUACUUCAAUAUAAAGUGUUACCACGCGAUUUGCAAUUCGGCGGGGUCACGUCUUAG